UUCCGCGCGGGGCCGCGGCGCUCUCGGCGCUUGCUCCCUGGCUGGCUCUCCUCAGUCGGCCGCUGCCUGCCUGUCGCCGGGCUGGGAGAGCCUUGUGUGUGAGUGACGCGGCGGAGGUGUAGUUUGACGCGGUGUGUUACGUGGGGGAGAGAAUAAAACUGCGGCGAGAGCCUAGGCGCGAACGAAAGCAGUGACGGAGCAGCCCGUAACCGGUAACUAAAUGACCAUGGAAUCUGGUGCAGAGAACCAGCAGAGUGGAGAUGCAGCCGUUACAGAGGCAGAAACCCAACAGAUGACUGUACAGGCACAACCGCAGAUUGCAACAUUAGCCCAGGUAUCUAUGCCGACAGCUCAUGCAACAUCUUCUGCCCCAACGGUGACCUUAGUACAGUUGCCUAAUGGGCAGACAGUUCAAGUUCAUGGAGUUAUUCAGACAGCCCAGCCAUCAGUUAUUCAGUCUCCACAGGUCCAGACGGUUCAGAUCUCCACUAUUGCAGAAAGUGAAGAUUCACAGGAGUCAGUGGACAGUGUCACAGACUCUCAGAAACGCAGAGAGAUCCUUUCCAGACGACCCUCCUACAGAAAAAUUUUGAAUGACUUGUCCUCAGACGCCCCAGGAGUGCCAAGGAUUGAAGAAGAAAAGUCCGAAGAGGAGACAUCAGCACCUGCCAUCACCACUGUGACAGUGCCAACUCCAAUUUACCAAACCAGCAGUGGGCAGUACAUUGCUAUCACCCAAGGAGGAGCAAUACAGCUGGCUAACAAUGGCACAGAUGGAGUACAGGGCCUCCAGACGUUGACCAUGACGAACGCAGCUGCAACCCAGCCCGGCACCACCAUUUUACAAUAUGCUCAGACCACUGAUGGACAACAGAUUCUUGUACCGAGUAACCAAGUUGUUGUACAAGCUGCCUCAGGAGAUGUGCAGACCUACCAGAUUCGCACAGCACCCACCAGCACCAUUGCACCUGGUGUGGUCAUGGCCUCCUCCCCAGCACUUCCUACCCAGCCAGCAGAGGAAGCUGCACGAAAGAGAGAAGUGCGUCUAAUGAAGAACAGGGAGGCAGCACGUGAGUGUCGCAGGAAGAAGAAGGAAUAUGUGAAAUGUCUAGAAAACCGAGUGGCUGUGCUUGAAAACCAAAACAAGACACUGAUUGAGGAGCUGAAAGCACUUAAGGACCUUUACUGCCACAAAUCAGAUUAAUUUUGGAUCCCAUUUUCACUUGUCAAGGUGGGAUAGAGACUGGUUUUGCCCACAACCAGAAAGACAAAGUAAACUUUUUAUUUUCUAAACAUUUCUUUUUUUUCUAUGCGCGAAACUGCCUGAAAGCAACUUCAGAAUUUAAUUCGUCUGUGCUUUGCAUUAAACUGUGAAUGUUCAAACACUUGCCUCCACUUCUCCUCCCAAGAGAUUAUUUUCAUCACAACUAUCCUGAGUGUGAAAAAGA